AAAAUCCCCCUGUUGCUUCCUGGUUCAGUCUUUGUCUAAAUAUCAACUUGCACAAUAAUAAUCUGAAGAAGCAUUUGACUGUGCACAUGUUGCGGCUGCAGCUCAGGUAGGCGUUAAGAGCUGUGCCGUCCUCCUCUGAUGACACGUGGAGGAUCAAUCACGCUAUACUGCGCGCAUACUAGAUCUGAAAAGCCUCAAGGCAGAAACCAGGGGUCUUAAAGGCUGUUUGUGAGCCACGAGAAACAACUGCAGGAUGCCCAACCCUCGUGAAUGAAUAACUACAUUCAGGUCUGAGACGUAAACACUGAGGCUCCGUGCGCCAGAGCUGACACCAAACUUAGGCGCUGUCCACGGUGCUGAAUCGCCCUACAGCGUCCCCUCAGUCCGGUGCGUGGACCGACGACCCUGUGAGCGUCAUCUUUUCUGCGACCUGUUCAUACCUGAGCUCUCGGAACACCGAUGAUCGAUGAUCCACAGGAGGAUGUGAAAAGCUCACAGUUUUAUCCACGCGAUUUAGUCAGACACCAGACCUGCCUGUGAUCACUCAAUCUGCAGGAGACCAUGGGUGAAGGACUUGUGGAAUUAAACCAGAAAUGAAGAAUCCGCUUCAGCACGGGAAAAAUGUUUCUGAAGACAUCGAUUGUUACGUACUUUCACUGGUCAUCUGUUUAGUGACCAGCUCGGGGCCGAUUCAGUCAGAAACCCUUCAAUGAAAAGCGUUCAUUCAUUCAUGUGGAAUCCCAACAUGUUAUCAAGAUGAACUACAAGCUUUUAGUUUCUCUUCAAGCAUAGGAAAUCAGCGUUUUAAUCCAAGAAGAGCGACAACAUCUCCUCCAAGACAUGGCUCGUCUGCUUGUUUUGGUCAACUCUGUGAUCCUGUUGCUUUUUGGCAGCGACAUGUUCUUAGUAGGAGCAAAUCGGCCACCAGCUCCUGUCAAUGUAUCUGUCCUGCACCUACGGUCUGACUCUGCAACUGUGUCCUGGGAGGUUCCAGAAGGAGAUACAAUAAUUGGCUUCUCAAUCUCACAACAAAGACAAGAUGGACACAUGCAGCGAUUCAUUCGAGAGGUCAACACCACCAGCCGCUCCUGUGUCCUCUGGGACCUGGAAGAAGAGACUGACUACAUCAUCCAGGUCCAGUCUAUUGGCCUUUAUGGGGAGAGCCAAGCAAGCAAGAAGGUCCACUUCAGGACCCUGAAGAAGACAGACCGCUUCCCCUCCAACAGCUCCAAUCAAGAUGAUCCCACUGUGCAGGGCCUGGACAAGUCCCGGCAUCUACAAACAGGAGAGAUGAUCAUAAUUGUGGUGGUUCUCGUCAUGUGGGCAGCUGUUAUUGCCCUCUUCUGCCGGCAAUAUGACAUCAUCAAGGAUAAUGACUCCAGCAACAAUAAGGAGAAGGCCAAACCGUCAUCAGAGAGGAGCACGCCAGAGCACCACAGUGGAGGACUUCUGAGGAGUAAAUUUCACCCCUCUGUACCAUCUAUCAACAUCAUUGAAGUCUGAGAAGAAGGAAGACAAAGCUCUCUUGUUUUGUCAAUGCAUUUUUAACUUUCUCUCUAACUUUCUGAGGGAAAAACAGACAGAAUAUGUGGUUUCGUGAGGGAUUCAUCUGUGAAGAGGAGUGACUCGGACAGAAAAGACUCACACAUACAUGUACAGUAUUUGUAGGAAAGCAACAGUAAAUUUAAAAACACUGCUACACACAAAUACACACAUGUUGCAGUAGCUAGCAGAAACCUCCUGCAGGUCGUUAGAACAUAAAUGAAUGUUAACCCAUGGUACAGUUAACAUUUACGUCUUUGCCGGGUGCUUUGUAUGUUAUUGCAAUACAAGACACAAAAAAGUUAUCAUCUCUGGGAAGCCUGUCUCCAUGAUUUUAAAUACGCAGUGUAUUUUUGAUAAUGGCAUGUGCAAUUAGAUACCAUGUUUGUGUUAUAGGCAAUUAAAUCUAAAUACUUCAUUGUUUUUCCAUUAAAAACUCUGAUAUGCUGCCUAAUUGAGAAAUGUAUAUUGUUAUCUACCUGCUGUGAGCAGCUAAUAGGAGAGGAAAGCAACCACAUGUAUCAUAAAUUCAUUUUAAAGACCAACAGAGACCAUUUCUUAAUUAUUCACAUUAAAACACCAUUUGAUAACACUGUAUUUUUUUCAUAUUACACAUAUAACAAGCAUUGUGACUAUAUGAUACAUAUCUCAUUCAUUUACUUAAUAAAGUUGCAUGCAGGUCAUUUGCUUGUAGAAUAGCAUUUGAUGUGUAUUCAAAGUUAGAUGCCAAAAUGGAGAAAUAAAGAACAAUAUAUUAUGAAAAGAUAUAAAUGCUUUGCUUGAUCUUUUUUGCUGCUCCUAUCUUUAAUCACACAGCAUUUAAUUUUAGUCCUUGUACACUUCCUGACAACUACAUUAUCUGAAGUGUGAAAUAAACCUUCUUUUAAAUGCCCAGUUACUAAUUUCAGCUAAUGUAAUGGACUUACUCAUACUUCCACUGUAUGCAUAAUGGACUUCCACACAAAAAAAGCUCAUCCAAAGUCCCGAAGGUGCAUUUUGUAUAUU